UUUAGAAAAACAAUUUCAUUCAAAACAGUGAGUUCAGAAUACAUUCAGAGUGGAUACCCAGAAAAAAUUGAUCUUCAAUUGAUCGAUGGAGAUUCUAGAAUUUUUGUUGCUUACCCUUACCUUCAAUGUGUGAUUACGGUUUCAAAUCCAGAAUUUCAGCUGGUUGUGGAAGCCUACAUGACAAAUGGAAUAGUCAACUGCAUACUAUCAAAAUCAUUCCAAACACCUGCAAUACCAAAAGGUAGUGAAGCUUUGGUAGCAAAAUUAUUACUUCGGACAAGCAACCUGGACAUACAAAAUAUUUGGAGCACAAACAUUACAUUUUUUGAUUGUCAAGCAUACUCUUCAAGUGAAAAGUGUAUUUUUUCUACUUUCCCAUGUUACUGGUGUUCAAAUAUACACUCAUGUAUAUACAAUGCCAUGAAGAAGGCAAACUGUCCAAAUGCUCCCACUUCAGAAAUCAUCACUUUUUGGCCUCUGAGAGGACCAUGUGGAGGUGGUACCAAUAUCACUAUUUUAGGUCAAAACCUGAGUGACCCAUUUAAUAGCACUCAGUUUGGUAUUAAAGUUGCAGGUAGAUUAUGUAUACCACAAAGAAACAGCUAUGCAGCCAUGAAAAAAAUUGUAUGCACUAUUGAGCAGUCAAGUUCAUUUCAAUUUCAAGAAGGACCUGUUGAGGUACAGGUGAAUGGGCAUACUUGGGUAACAUCUCCACAAAACUUCACUUUUGCCAAUCCGGAAAUUAAAAGCAUUCAUCCUGUUGAAGGCCCCACAUAUGGUGGCACUGUAAUAACAAUUACAGGCAAAAACCUUGAUGUUGGAAGUUCAAUCAAAGUUUUUAUUGGAGAAAUUUUGUGUGCAAUAUUUUCAAUCAGCCCAUUUGAAAUAAAGUGUAUCACUGAGGGCAACAGUCCAUCUCCCACACCAUCAAUUAACAGUACAGAGAAACAUACAAAUAUUACAAAAUCGGACAUUUUUGUAUCAUUUGACCACACUUACCUGAAGAGUGGUUCUUUUGGGUACUUCAAAGACAAUCAAAGUGAUGAUAAGGGUUUUAAUUUGGUACCAAAAGGUAUUCCUUCAGGAGGUGUUGAAAUUUUAAUACACAAUGUAAACCUGACCAUGACACAAGAAUUGUUGUUUGUUAUACACCAUGAUGGUGAAUCUUUUCACAGCCCCUGUAAAAUUCAAAAUGAUUCAACAACAACCUUGUCAUGUGCAUCACCUCGAGUAUCAAAUGUAAAAAAUGAAUUACUAGACCCAAGAAAUCCAAGAAAAAUGAAAUUUUUACUAACAAACAAUGAUUCAAUCAACCCACUGAUCGAUAUUCUACAUGAUCAGAUGUCAGAAUUUCUCUUGUAUCCUGACCCAGAAUUUCAUCAUUUUUUAAAUUCCUCUAUUAAAAUUGAUGAAAAAAAUUAUUUAAUUAUUAAAGGAAAGAAUAUAAACAGGGCCUGCCAAAGAAAUGAUAUUGUUGUAAUGGUAGGUAUUAAUGACACUUGUACAGUACUCUCAUUAUCUUUAGAACAAGUUGUUUGUGUUCUACCAAAAUCUGAGCACAAUAAUUUUGUUGAUGAGUAUGAAGAAGAAGAUCUGUUGUUCAAGCAUGAUAACAUCACAAUAUUGAUUGGAAAUAACUUCAAAAGAAUAGUCCCAAAGUAUAAAGAUUCAACAUCCAAUACUACUGGCCUAAUGUUUGCAGUAGCUAUUACUUCCACCGGAGUUCUUCUCUUAUUCAUCAUACUUCUACUCAUUUAUCAUUUUUGUCAUCAUAAUGACACUUCUGUGAAAAAUUCACAAGCAUUGGAUGAAGCACAGCAGCGUAUAAAUAAAAUGUGUAUUGAGUCAAUAGCCUUGAGGCAACAUAUUAAGCAGGUUAUUAUUGACAACCAGAUUGAAUUGGAUGAAAAUUCUUCAAAUAUAUUGGUAAGAAAUAUGAAAACUACAUAUAAUGAAUCAACCAGUUCUCAAAAACCAGAGAUGAGCAGGUACUACACUUUCUGUUCUGUUUCAUUUUAGAAACUUCCUAAUAUUUCAAUUGUUAAUGCUGAAGAUUCAAGAACCAUAGAUGAAACAUCAUCAAAGACUGAGUAUUUGGUACCUUUUGAUGGAAAAUGGGAGUUUCCAAGAGAAAAUUUAUCCUUUGGAAAUGAUUUAGGAGAAGGGGAAUUCGGCAAAGUGGUUCAAGCAGAGGCAUUAGGAAUCUUGCAGAAAGCUGUUGUCACUACUGUUGCUGUCAAAAUGUUGAAAGGUAAGUAAAAUGUAUCUAUUCUGCAGAGGCAGUUGUAUUUGGUACUUCUAUGCUCCUUUUUGCAAUCCGUAGCAACUAUGCAAUUAAGCAAUUAUGUGUUUGAUUGCUUGCUUCAGGAUAGUAGACUUGGAAGUUUUGAUUUUAAUUUUUAAUUAUUACAAAAACAAUGCUUUUAGAUGAUCAUGCUGA